AUGUCGUCCUUCUCGCACAAGCCCUUCUGCCUGGUCAAGUCGUCCAUCAACAUCGACGAGACCUUCCUCGUCCCACACAUUGUCCGACCAGGCGAGACCAUCUCCUCUACCGGCCUUGUCUCUCGCCCCGGCGGCAAGGGAGCCAAUGUCUCUGCUGCGAUCGCACUCGCAGGGGCCACCGUCUCGUUCUCGGGCGCCGUCGGCAAGGAUGCUCCCUGGCCGUUGGACGAGCUCAAGUCCCGACAUGUCGUUGUGGAUGACGCAGAGAUCUUGGAGGAUGUCCCCACAGGCAGGGCUUUCAUUCAGAUCGCCGAGGAUGGCGAGAACAGCAUCGUGCUCCUGAAGGGAGCCAACUUUGCGAAGGGCAAGAGCACGGAUCCAGCACAAGCAUGGGGCGACAGGACGAUCACCCAUUUGGUGCUGCAGAAUGAGAUUCCCCUCGAAACGACGAUCGCUUUUGCACAGCACGCCAAGUCGAGCAAGGUAGGGAAUCACGUCACGACCAUCUUCAACCCGUCGCCCAUGCUCAGCAAGGAGGAGGUGGAGAAGUUCCCAUGGAGCGAUAUCGACGUGCUCGUGGUCAACGAGGGCGAGAGUCUAGAACUGCUGCGUGUGCUCCAGCCAUCGGAAGCGUCGGCGUUGGAGGGGCUCUCGGAAGGAGAUGAAAGGUCAAAGAAGGUGCUAGAGACGCUGUCGGGUCUCGAGCAUUUCAGCAGCACCGCAUGGAUCGUUCUGACCCGCGGGGGGCAGGGUGUCAUGGCCAACGUGAUCCUGUCCGACAGCUCAGAUCGAACGUUCUUCAACGUGCCACCGUUCAAGCCGAAGCAGGUCAAAGACACCACGGGUGCGGGCGACACGUUUGCAGGAAACUUGGUCGCUGCGUUGAUGGGGCACAAUGUGGAUGGAGGCGAAGGGCUGCUGGAGUCAGCUCGUCCCAACAGCAGGAAGUUUGUUGAAGAGGCGCUGAAGUGGGCCUCGAAAGCGGCAGCCCUGGCGUGCGAGAAGGAAGGCGCCAUGCAGAGCAUUCCGAGUGCGGAAGAGGUCAAGCCGAGGAGCUCAUGA